CCAGUAGCUCUUCAACAGAGGCAGUUAUAGCGAGGACUGGACUAUGUGGUGAUCAUUGUUACUUACGUUGAUAAGCGGAUUUCAAUUUCCCAAUGAAUCAAAAUGGCAGAUGUUAUCCAGGCAACAUGCUUACUCAUCUUUACACUUCUCCUUCAUCAGGCGGAACAAAAAGUGUUCCUCUCUUCUGAAAAUGCAAAUAAGGUCAUACAUCGAUCCAAGCGUGCUAACUUCAUACUGCUUGAGGAAAUCCGAAAAGGGGACUUGGAAAGAGAGUGUCUUGAGGAACUUUGCUCGUAUGAAGAGGCAAGAGAAACAUUUGAGGACAAAGAGAAAACUGAUAGGUUUUGGAAGACUUAUCAUGGUGGUAGACAAUGCACCUCAUGCCCUUGUUUAAAUAAAGGUGAAUGCACAGACACAAUUCGGAGUUAUACAUGCAGUUGCCCAGAAGGAUAUUAUGGUCGCAAUUGUGAAUUUGCAAACAACGAGUGUCACCCAAAUAUGAAUGAUGGAUGUCAACACUUCUGCCACCCCAACUAUGGAUUUCACUCUUUCUUUUGUUCUUGUGCUGAAGGGUAUACUCUUGGUGGAGAUGAAAGGUCAUGUAAUCCUACAGGCAAGUUUACUAAUUACAGCAAUGGCACAACAAAGUCACCUUCUAAUGCCCCUGGCAGGAGACUGGUGGACAAUUAUGUUGGAUCAUGGAACUUGUGUUUGCACCUUUCAUUGGCAGAUCCCUAUGCAUGUGGCCAAGCGGUAGACAAUGAAGAUUACGUGGAAAAUGAACAUCUUCCAAACAACCGGACGCGUAUUUUUCCAUGGGAGGUCAUACUCCUAAAUUCAGACUCAGAUCAGUUUUGCAGCGGAAUAAUUCUUAAACCAUCUUUGAUAUUGACAACUGCGAAGUGCAGCAAUCUACACAACCCUAUUUACGUCUUUGCAGGCACACAAAAAGGGGCAUUUGAAAAAGGAAAACAGAUCAUCAAGGUGAAGGAUCAUUCAAUACAUAUGCGCUAUUUGGAGAAGACUGGAGACAACGACAUUGCACUGCUGAAGCUACAAAGCAAUAUUGAAUUCGAUAACUAUACCCUCCCUAUUUGUAUUCCUCAGAAAGACUUUGCAGAGAACGUGCUGAUUCAUAGUAACAACAGUAUAGUUAGUGGCUGGACACAAGGCUCUGAUUUAGACUUGGCUCCUUUCGAGUUCCCAGCAACAUACUCUGAGAAAGAAAACUGUGAGUCUGCUUUAAACGUCACACAGACUAACAGAAUGUUUUGCGGUGUUUCACAAAAUGUUGUUGACUCUCCUAUGGUCGACGGUAGCUAUUUUGCUGUGGAGCACAAAGGUACGUGGUUCCUUACAGGAAUUAUGGGAUCAAAGAAUUCAGCACUCUCCAACCAGAAUGUGUUUUCAUUUACUAAAAUAUCCAGAUACAUCAUGUGGUUGAAACAGACAGAAGGCCAGUUUCACUAGAGCCCAUUUGUUACCACUGCAUUUUUGGUGACAUUCUGUUAAUAUAGGCUUUUGUAAAGGGACACAAACUAUGGCGUUCCAGUAGGUAUAUAGACAAAAUUAUUGGGACACCUGACCAUUACACCAACAGGAACUUUUAUGACCGCAUUUUAAAUACAUAGACAUUAAUAUGUAGUUGGUCCCCU